AUGGCGAGCCGAGGAGACGAAACGACGGUGGCGGUCGACCCCACCAUCCCCACCCAGCAGCCGGGCAUCGAGCUGCGCCGCUUGGAGGACGACGACGAAGACGAAGAAAAAUUGAAAUUCCAAAACAAUAUCAAGGACGAGGAGGACAGCAGCGGAUCCAACAGUCCGGCAACUUCACGCCGAACCCCCGAACAACGCCCUUUCUUCAAGGUAGGCAACAAUUUUUGCAGUGUUGACAUUUAUUUUAUAUAUGGUUGGAUAAAGUAGAAUAUAGGUGGGUAAACAAUGAUAGUGAUGAUUGACGGAUUAAUCAGAGGAUUUGUUAGGUGAUUAGGGGAUUUGGGACGAGUAUCAGAGAGUUUACUCGUAUUUUUGUCCGGAUUAUGGCCACUGGAGUGAAAAUAUCACCUUGUGUAAGGUAAAUUUUGUGGUUUUUAUGGUGAAAUUUAGUGUGGAGUAGUUAUUUGAGUUGUUGAUUGAUGAUAGGGUUAGCGAUUAAAAUCAGAGAAUUUAAGUAGCCUUAAAAUCGGUAUAGACAUUAUUUUCACAUUUUUUUAAAAGAAAAAAAUUGUUUUUGCGCGGUGCACCGCGGUGUACAGGGAUGAAAAAUGGAUCGCACAGGGCGAUUUUUGAUGAUCAAAAAUUUGAUUGCGCUUUGCGAAUAUUCGAAAACUAGCCUUUUUUUGAAAUAUCUGAUAUUACUUUAGACAUGAGCUGUUUUGAGGUACAUUAGGUAGCCAAAUCACCUCAAAACCAGAUAAUUUAGACAGUACUUUCCUCCUUUUUUCUCCUGUUAUCAUUUAGAGAGACUUGAUUUUGCAUUUUUAAAUAAAAAAUUCAAAAAAUUUCUAACCAAAUUCAAAUCGUUAAACCCUUCAAAAACAAAUUUUUAGACCGUUUCGGUUCUCUGAAUUUCCCAUCCGCCUCUCUUGACGUUCGAAACGCCCGAUUUCGGAUCAGCGUAGUAUAAAAUAACAAUAGAGAAAAAACUUUAUGGGAAAAAAGAAAAAUGGGGAUUACGCAGCGAAAACAGAAGCACAGUCAUCCAAAAAAAAAGAACAGUCGACCUUUCUGGGAUCCUCAAUUCGCGGAGACUUGAUUGGAAGUCUACGUCGGGAACUCUGAUUGGACUAUGCAUGACGUUUUCUAUAAUUUUUGGACCUAAAUUAAUACUUUAGUAUCUAAAGUAAUAUAUUUUUGAGCUAAAGUCAUAUUUUAAAGCCUAUUUCGAAGGCUUUUCGGCUAUUUUCUACUAUUUUUGACUAUACAAUUUCAUUUUUUACAAAUUUGAAAAAUGAAAUUUGAAAAAAUCAAGGAGUACCUGCUUUUAUGGAAACAUUUAUUGAGCACCACAAUCCCCAGUCUUGCCUCCACCCUGGACAAAAAAUCUAUGGAGAAUUUUGUCGAAAUCAUAGACCAGUCUCGUCUAGAGUUUAGGAAUUUCAUCGACUGUUUGAAAAGUUUUGUAAGUAAAAUUUCGUAAGUAAAAGGUGUCAACAAAGUUAUUUUGCGAACUUUUAAGUGGGCUAAUUAUAGUUUUUGGGGUAUAAAAUGUAAGUGAAUUUCAUUUUUCGUAGUUUUGACCAGCGUUUUGAGUAGUAAAGACGAAUUUUUUCAGAAAUCUGUCGAUAAAACGGUGGAGUCCCCUUUUGUUUCAAAGUAAGUUUAAUUUUUAUAUUUUUUAUAUUGAAAAUUUCUUAAAAGGUGUGUAAACUACUAUCUAAAUUUUCAAAAAUUCAUUUCCCAUUAACUGAAAGUCAUUAUAAACCUCUUUUCCCAUCGUUUUCUGCAAAAUAAGCCGAUUUUCCUCAUGAAUAAUAUAAAUUUUGUCAUAAAAUUUGGAAAAAAUCCAAUUUUUUUGGAAGAGAUUCCGAGUGUAUGUCGCUGAAAGGAGUGCCAGGGGUUUUACCUGCCCUUUGUUCGAGUACUUACCCGAUUUCAAAACUGAUGACACGCUGAUUCAGCGCUUUACAAACAACCCACCUUAAUAAGACGAUUCCGGGUUUAAACUUUUUUUUGAUUGUUUUCCCAAAACAAAUUGUUUAAACUGUUCUUCAUUUGGUGUUUUUACAAUCAAUGGAUGACUUCAUUACUCUAAAUUCGCAAAGAAAAUAUAGGUAUUACCUCAUAUUUAUUAUUUUUUUUAUUUUCGAAAAAAAAUUUUAUUUAAAAAUUUGAAUAAUCAAAUUUCAGUGAUCUCUCGAACCGAUGGGGUGCCUUGGUGUGUCUGGCCGCUCUCAACUUUGCCUGCACUCUCUCAUGGGCCUCCGUUGGAGCCGGCGCCCAAUAUUUUAACGAGUUUUAUGGAUUCAAUGUACGUUUGUAUCGGAAAUACUUUAGAUUUUGUUUUUUUUUACUCUGGUAAUAUAAAUUAUGCCCGUUUUCAGACAGCAGCCAGCUGGUUGUCGAUGGUCUACACAUUGCUCAUGAUUCCAGCCGCGAUUGUUACAGUAGCUUUAGAUUUGUUUUUCGGCGUCAGAUGCACUUGUAUUGGACUGUCGGUUUUGGUGGCGGUAUCAUUGUUCUUCAGAGCUCCGUUGUAAGUUUGUUUUUUGGAAUAUGCAGAUAUUUUCGAAAAUUUUAAAUUCCCAUUUUUUAUAAAUAUCUAAAAAAAAUUUUUUUAAUCUGUUAUAGAUGGCUAGUAAUACAGUAGUUUAAAAAAAUAAAAAACAUUUUUUUAUUUUUUUUUAUUCUUCAGAUUUUGCGCGGAAAAUUCAAAUUUCAAGUCAAAAAAUUUUAAUAUCCGAAUUUUUAUUUUGGAGGCCUGAUAUGCAAAUUUACAUAUAUUUUUGCAAAAUUUUGGCCUUUCAUGCAUACUUUUUGUUCCUGUAAACAUAAUUAUUUGAAAAUUUGCGAAUUUAAAUAUUCAAAUUUUCAGCGAGUUCCUGCCCUUCUCACCGAAAGCUCACUUCAUCCUCCAAAUCAUUUCCCAUUCCCUAACAGCCAUCGUCUACCCCGGAGCGACCAUUCUUCCCCUCAAAUUCGUCCUACGAUGGUUCCCUCAAGACCACAAAAUCUUCGCCGCUGGCGCCACUUUCCUCGCCAAUUUGAGUGCAAUUCUGGUCGCCGGAUUAUUGGCCGGUGGUUAUGAUAAUUGGAACUUGUUGGGAGAAACUGGAGUACCCUAUUACAACUUGUUUACUGGCCUUCUCAAUUUCAUCAUUGGAUUCUUCUCGGUGAUUGUGUUGACAAAAGUUUUGGACAAGGGAGCACAUCCAGAAGAGCCAUGUCUUGUUGAUGGUAAUGAGAAUUUAUUUUUUGGGAAAUUUGUUGAAGGCAAGAGGUCCCAUUUUGAUGAAGUUUGGCAUAAAAAAAUAUUCGAAUUUUUGGAGACGAAUGAAAAAAAAAGUUUUUUUUGUUAAUUUUUGCAUCUUCAGACCUCAAGAAAUUCGCCAACAAACGAGCCCUUGGAGUGGCGCUUGCAAUUGCAUCGAAUCUUGCCGUUUUCAACCUGAUCCUCACCAUGUUACACCCCAUUUUGUGUUCAUCAUUACACGAACGAGACUUCUCCAGCAUGGCAUUGGCGACGUUUGUAAUCGGAGGUCUCAGUGGAAUAUUAUUUGCUGGAUUGAUUGUGGAUUUCACGAAGAAACAGGACGAAUGCUUUAGAGUGAGUUUUUGGGUGUCAAGUGUAAUAUAAAAAUAUAAAAAAUGAUCGGAUGGUGGCUCUAAAAGGCUUCUAAUUGAAAAUAAAUGAGACUACUGGAAGAUUGACCUCUAAUUAUUGCAAUUUCAGCUCGGCAGCGGUCUCUGUGUCCUCAUGCAGCUCCUUUUUUUCCAACUUAUUCUCCAUGACAAACAAAACAAACUGAUUUUUGUUGUCAUCGCGUUUGUCGGCGAAUUUCUCCUUGGCUUGGUUCCGCUGGGACUCUCAGUCCUCUCCAAGCGACUGAAUGGCUCAGCCGAAACUCUUCCAGUCGCCAUUACAGUAAUCGCCGGACAACUUUUGAGUGUUUUGUAUCUGAUGGGAAUGCAAAAAGUCUCCAAAGAACUGUCUCCGGGAAAAGGGAAUGCCGUGAAUGCGUCGAAAAUUUGCGAGUCAUAUGCCCCUGGGUUCUCUGUCAACGCGAAGGAUUGGACUUUGUCCGUUAUGGUAGGAAAUUUGAGAUUUUUUUUGGAAUUUUGAUGACUUUUUCGAGAAAAUUUCAAUUAAUUUUUCAGGUGGUUUCGGUGAUCUCCACGGUAAUUUUGAUUCUACUCUACGUAUUGGACCGAAAGACCAAGAAAAAGAGUACUCCCGAGGAAUUGCAAGCACAAUCAGCAGCCACUCAGACUAACGGUAAGGAAGUUGUGUCUAAAGUAAUAUAAAUUUGAUGAUUUUUUGAUCAACAGCAGGGUUUUAUUUUUUCUACUUACGUUUUAAUGUAAUUAUAUUUCCAGCUGACGAAGUUGAGACCCCAUUGGACACGGUGAUACGCACCGGCAAGGUCUGA